AGCUGACAGCCUUGAUAACGACAACAAACAUAUACGCUGAUUAUUUGAUAAUGACGAGAAGAAAAUAAAACAGUCGCAGUAGUAAUAUUAAUAUUUAAUAACAAUAAUAAUAAUAUUUAAGUUCAUUGUCGUUUAACAAUUUCGCAAUGGAAUUGAAAAUAUAUUAUUUUCGUUCAAAAACAUGAAAUAUUUCUACACACGAAUCRCUGUGUCUCUUUGUGACUUUUUUUUCUGCCAUCAUCUCGGUGUUGCAAUAGUCUGUGAUCGCUUAUUAUUGUUUUUUUUUCUAAAGUUUUUGACGUUUUACCUCGGACUGUGUGACCAUGUACAUUAUUGUGAUCACAUCUGGGUAAUUUGACUUGCUUCGAAAUGAAAAUAUCGACGCAUAACCUUUGGACCAUUGAAUCAUUAAACCUUGUUUGACCCUAUAAUAAGGAUUUCAAAAAUGUCGGCGGACUCUCCAUGCAAAGCGUCCAAAAAUGUGAUCGGCAAGAUAGUGCUGCCCGGUCCUGUUGUUGAUCGAUCUAUCAUUGACAGUGUUGCUGGAUUCAUAAAUGAUGUUGUCCCUCAUGGAUAUUCUAACAUUUUAAAUGUAGACAGUAGAGAAAAAAUUCUGUGGACACAAUUUGAAACACUAGAAGCUAAUGAAYUUCCUUCAAACUUUGAGAAUGAUGAAUCGCUCAUGUCUGGUGUAUCACCAAUACUUCUUAUUUUGGGUUAUGGAUUUGGUGUUCAAGUAUGAU